UUGUAGCAAAUAUACUUCCCUGUUGGUUGAAUAUUCAUUUCAGUUUUGGUAUAUGGUAUUUCUGUCAAACGUUAACCUUUCCAAGGAUGGCAUCAUCUACUGGUAAGCUAUGUGGUCCAUGUGAAGUAAGAUAUAACACUACGACUGCUGUUAGUUGGUGUAUGGACUGUGAUGAUGGACUAUGUUCCUCGUGUUUAGAGGACCACAAAGUCAACAAAGCAAGUAAGAAACACCAGACCAUACCAGUAAGCCAGUACGUAGAAGUAGAAUCAGUUUCUUCACUUAUUAAGCAGGAAUGUGAAGAGCAUGACCAGAGACUAACUUUUUAUUGUCUUGAUCAUUGCGUCACAGCUUGUGCCCUUUGUGUACCGGAAAAACAUAAACAAUGCAGCAGAAUAAAACCUAUUGAAGAACUUGCCAGUAAUGCUAAAACGUCGGCAGAACUAUUUAACGUUGAAAGGGGAAUCAAGGAGCUCUAUAAUACUGUAGAUGAACUUAAAAAUCACAGCCAACGAAACAUUGCUACAAUUAAAUACCAGCAAAAAAAUAUUUUAAGGGAAAUUAAAUCUUUUCGAAAACAGAUAAAUGAGCAUCUGGAUAAUCUAGAAUCAAAUUUGUUAAAGGAAUUAGAAGAUAAAAGCGACCAAAAUAAAGCCGAAAUAAACUUGUUUCUAGCAAAAUUGAAGGAAAAGGGAGAAAAAAUAAAGAGUCUCGGAAAAACAAUACAUCAAUUAAAAGAAUCAUUAUCCGACGUUCAAGUCUUUUUAGCAACAAAGGGUUUCGGUGAGAAAUUGCGAGAAGAACAAGAAUGGGUUGCAACUGUAUGUACCCAAAAUGAAGCAAAAGAGUCUGUUCUAGAACUAUCCACUGAUCCGCAACUGAAACAAUUGGUAUCUGACUUAAAAGGUUUUGGUAUGAUACAUGUUGUCCAAAAUCCGUGUCAGAUUAAGACCGACGCAUGGGAGCACCAAAGAGCACAGUUGAAUGUACCUAUGACCGCAGGCAAAGAUAUUGACCAGACAAAACUAAAGCUAAUACGCGAGAUUUCUUUUGGAGUCGGUAAAAGUAUUAAAGAUUGUGCAAUUGUCAAUGAUGGAAGAAUGGUUUUUGCAGAUUAUAAUAACGAUGAGGUUUUAGUGCAUAAUCCAGAGGGACAGUUAUUGAAAUCAAUAAAUGUCGACAUGUCUCCUUAUGGAUUGGCUGUGAUAAGUUCCAUUACCGUAGCCGUAACAUGUUGUAAACAUAAAACAAUAAACAUUGUAAAUAUUGAUGAUUGCGUCGUCAAACAGAAAAUAAAAGUUGGAAAACCUUGCUGUGGUUUAUCUUACCACGCUGACAAACUUUAUGUCCUUGCAAAACACACAGGAAUACUAGAGUUUGAUUUAGCAGGAAAUCUCAUCAGAACAAUACCAGUAGAUGUUCUAUCUAAUGAAGGCUAUUUAUGUUUUUACAAGGAUACAUUUUGUUACACUUGUUACCAAGAUUUCGACGAAAGUUUCAUAGCAUGCUGCGAUGAUAAUGGUAAAGAAAUCUGGAAGUUGAACGUUGCUGAUUCUGGUGUCACAGCUGAUAACUAUGGAAAUUUUUUCGCUUCAAAUUCCUCUGAUAGUACAUUGCAAAUAGUAUCAGACGACGGUAAAAAAACCAAAAAACUUCUAGAUCUACAUGAUCCGCAUAAGGAAACUUUUCUUGAAGGUGUCUUCUUUGACAAAAACAGCAGUGCAUUACUUGUAACAUGUACCUCAGGGACUGCAAGGCUCUACCGCGUCAUUUGAAUAUUUAAAACCAUGGAUUAGAAAUUAUUUUUAUGAUUUAUGAAAUUUCUACUAAAGAUCAAAUAUACGCAUGUACAAAUGGCAAAUAUUUCAUAAUAGAAAUAGAUUUUGACUUCAAUUUAGAUGAAUAAAAAGAGAUGUGAGUAAACACCAAUUAGACAUCAUACAAAUGAUAAAAAAGAAACUGUAAAUCUAUUUGGGUGGUUAUUAUCCGAUUUUCUCUAUCAACAGCAUCAUUUUUAAUCUUUAUUGUUCUCUUAAUUAUUUUACUUACAAACAGUACAGAUAAGAUCGAGUGUUCGGUCAAAAUUCCACUACACUCUACAAUAUAACAGUACUACACAAAGCAUAUACCAUACAAAAGAAUAUAAGUACUAACUUCAUUUCACACUUUAUGGAUCGACAUCAUACUAUUUAACCAUGAUGGCAGAUAUUUAUUUAUGAGUAGUACUUACGUUUUUUCUAAAUGUGUUAUCUGCCAUGUUGCCACAGCGAUGAGAUAUUCGAAGAAAGAAAGAAGCCGUAUAUGAUUGAAGUGUAAAAACAUCCUCGGUGGAGGUCGAUUGGAAUAUCUGACAAAAUCUGUCACCAAUUAUAAGUUGUUCCGGAAGUGCAAUCAUAUGAUAUGU